AUGGGCAGCACCGUCUGCCCUGUUCUCUCUCCUCUGGAGGCCAGUACAAAUAUCCAGCGUAAAUAUUCCUUUUCCACGGUAUCUCACAAUUCUGUGUAUGACACCCAGAUCCUCGUGGUUCCUUCCAUUUAUACGCUCAUUCCCAGGCUUUCUUGGUUUUUGGGAAGACCUGGCCUGCAGUCCACAGCGCACAGCUGCCCCCCCCCCGAACCGUCACCCCGCUUUUCCCGUGAGCGCAGCCUUCACCCGGCCUCUUUCACGGAGAAGCGAAGAAACCGCAUUCGGAAAGACCUGGAGGUGCCCACCGGGGCCCUCAGGGGUUGCCGCUCUCCCGGGGGCGUCCCCGCCGCGGACAUCUUGUCGGAGGCUGCACUGGAGGACUACAGUGGCUUUAAAAAGGAUGGGUUACAGCCUGCUCAGCCUAGCCUAAGGCGUGAGGCGAAAGGUCAUGAUGAGGAUGGAAAUGAGCUACAGACGACACCAGAGUUCAGAGCACAUGUUGCGAAGAAACUGGGAGCAAUGCUAGAUGGUUUCAUCACUGUCUUGAAGGACUCAUCAGGACCUUCACAAACUUCUGUGCAACAGUCUGACUCUGCAGAUGAUGGUUUUCGCCUCUUCUCUUCCUCUGUCCCAGGAGACUGUGGGAAAUCGGAGCCUUGCCCUGCAGCAAGGAGGAGACAGCCAUCUAGCUCCAGUGACAUGGACAGUGACCAAGAGUGGCAAAAGUACCAGGAGGCUGCUGUGUCAGCUGCAGACAUUCUGAAGCAAAGUACUUUUCCUGCACUGUCCCAGGAUUCCAGCCAAAAUCAGAGUCAGGGUUAUGUAGAGCACAGCCAGAAAAAAAAGAAGAAAAAGAAAAUGAGGGGAGAGAAUGAUAUUCAAGAGAAAAUAAUAGACCCAGCAGAGUGUGACCAGAUCAGCAAAGAUUUGCCACAGUUGGUGUCUGCAAAUGGACAGCAUGAGAGACAGGACAGCAAUCAUACAGAGAACUCAGUGUUGCCAGGAGUUGUGAAGAAGAAAAAGAAGAAAAAAAGAGAAUGAAGAUUUUGCUCUGCAAAUGGCAGAUGGUGUCUGCACCCAGAGUACCAGGACCCCUCACUGCAGUGAGUUAAAAAAGCUUGGAUGGAUACAGAAAACUCUCUUUGUGUGGCUAAAAAGAAGUAACAAUUUGGAGUCCAUGUAAAAACAUUUAAUGUAAGAAAUUUUCAUGUGAACAUUAAUGUAAAAAGACAUCUUUAGUUUCUAAAGAUUUUUUUUUCCAUACUCUUAAUAAAGAGUAUUUAAAG